AUGUACGCCGUAAAAACACCCAGCAAAUAUAUGACAGCGAAAACUAGAAGAGGCAUCCGCCACAGUUUUGAUCGGCUGGAUUCUUUUCGCGAGAACUUUAAAAAAGUCAAUGGUACAGAAGAAGAAGAACUACCAUCUCCUGAACCAAAGCCAGUAUUUCAUUCUAAUGGCCAUCGUAAGGCUUUAAACAAGUGUCCUCCAUCACCCCAAGAUGUUUUAAGCCCCCAACAUGAAAAGCUCAUACACUAUAUCAAUGAUUCUUGGCACUCGGUUAUAGAAGAUGAAGAAUCAUCUAUAAGUUCACAAAAAAUUAUUUACUUCAAACCUGAAAACACUGCAGAAGUUCUAAAUGGUUUUCAAGCAUUUGAUUUAGAUACAUAUUGGAUCAAACGUUUAUACAAUAAUAUCACUAAGUCAGUGCCAUAA